AAGUUUACUUUCACUUACGCAGUUUACAAACAGUGUACUUGAAAAUAUGAAAAUAUGCGAAAAUGAAGAAUAAUUAAUGACACUGUAUGAAGAGUAUUUAAAAUCAAAAUGUGUUUUCGGAUUGUGUUCUAUUGCUGUUUUAUUUACUGUUUAUUUUUGUUUCGUUUUGGCGGCGCUGAUGAAAGUCUGGUUACAUCUAAAAGAGCAGACACAGACGCCUCUAGUGAUAGCUCAAGAUCUUUCCAAGAUAUGCUUAGUGACUUUCUGUCGAACCUUUUUGGUUCAAGUCCAAAUGAGACAGAAGUGGCUGACACGGCAAUGAACGACAAGAACAACUCUAGUGAUACAGGACAAGCAUUUUUAACAAAUGCAACACAGUCUGGUAUAACAAUGGCAGAAAAUAACACAGAAACUAACUUCGAAGCUCUACAACAAGAAGUGGCAUCACUAAACAGUAGUACAAAUGCAGCUACAAAUACAACAUCAUUACCGGAAUUAAACACCUCUUCAAAUACUGCUCCAACGUCAACUUUGUACACUUCAUGGGAUAUAUUAUCCACAACAUCGCCACCUUCAGAAGCUAGCAGAUGCUAUUAUGAUACUCAUUUGCGGUAUUAUUGUGUAGUGCCGGACACUAUGGCAGAUGUAUCAUUCUCGGACAUGUAUUCACUCAUCUUUUCGGACACAGUGCUAGAUGCUCUGAUGACUGCAUGUCCAAGAGGGACCUGGUGCCUACAGAACAGUCCUGGAGAAUGGGAUUCUUUGAUACUGGAAAAGGCUGUUGAAGCCUCUAGGUCGUUGAUGGCAAUAGAUUUGUGCAGAUCAGACAUGCAGUCAUGUAUUCUGAAUAUGGUCAACAAUUUUGUCGGCUGUUCCUCAUACCCGCGAAUGAAGUUAACAAUGGAAGCCCUACAGCUUGUCUGUGGCCUGAGGGAAGAUACCAAUCUUAACAUAACUUGCUACACGCACGUUAUAUCAGCCUUGCAUGUUACUCUAGCUGAUAUCUUGAGGAAUAACGUUAAUGCGGAAAACCAAACUGACACAUGCCAGUCACCAGAAGCAUAUAUGACUAAAAGUUUGAUUUGUGUUGAAAUUGCUUGUCCAAAAGAAUCGAAGAGAUUUCAUAGUUUUUCACCAUGGACAUGGUUUACCGCUGUACAAGAUGACCUGAUGAUCGAAUGUAAACUCAAUCCAACUAUAUGUGAGGUUACUGUGCAGUCAGCCUCGCCACAACAACAGGAAGUGACGUCACAACAAAAAGUUACAACGACAACAACGGAAGAAGUUACCAGUACUACUCCGAGUUGGAUAACUUCUUACUAUUCAACAUCUACAUGGAAACAAGAGUCCACACCUUACCCCACGGAAGAGGACAGGUGCUAUACGGACGCUGUCUUUCAGAACUUUUGUCCGGUGCCAGAGGAUAUGACUGAUGUGUCAUUUUGGGAUCUGUAUUCAGUUCUCUUUUCUGACACAGUGCUGGAGGCUCUAAUGGUUGGAUGUUCUAAAGGCUCAUGGUGCAUAAAGGACAGAUAUGACUACUGGGAUUCACUCAUUGCUGAAAGGGUCGACAUGGUGAUGAAUUCAGAAAUUGCAGCAAGUAUGUGUAAUCCAACGGUACAACCGUGCGUCUCAAGAGUUGUGAACAGCUUUGUAAACUGUUCGAUGUACCCGCAAAUGGUUUUUACAUCAGAAGUGCUACAACUGGUUUGUGGCCUGAAACGCAACGCGGAACUGACGACAUCAUGUUUCAAGCACGUGCUGUCUGCUUUACAUGUUACACUAGCAGACAUUUUGAGAGGAGAGGAAGACCAAGAAAAGUCAUAUGACACGUGCACGUCUCCGGAAGCGAAUAUGACGAGAGGUUUAAUUUGUGUUGAAAAUUCUUGUCCUCGAGAAACUGAAACUUUUCACAGUUUCAAACCAUGGGCAUGGUUUACUUCAGUGGUAAAUGAUCUAAUCAUGGAGUGCCACUACGAUUCAACUAAAUGCAAGGCUCUUCUGCAGCCACCUCCGGGGUAUUUGUAUGGAAGCGAAAUGGGAACAAUGGUUGGAAUCAGUGUUGCUACCAUGAUUACUGCUUUGACUCUCACCAUUGUCGUCUUUACGUGCUACAAACGUCACCGUCGCAAUGCAGUUGUAAAAGAAGGCUAUCAACGACUGUUAACAGAAGGUGAUGAGUCGUGAAAAUAUUGAAACAGAACUGGGAAUGAAGAUUUAUUUCACAUGUAUAGAUUUAUAAUUCCGUAUGUGACCUGGAGGCAUAUGUAAAAUGUGACGACAAUAUUUUGAUGCAAAAAUGCGACAGUGUCGUGUAAGCUGUAUCUUGUAUAUAUUAUAUCAACUAUGCACACCAAAUGCCUCUAAGGUAUUGCAGCCACCAUUGUAAAUUGCCAGUGAUGGAUGUGAUACCUAAUUGAAAAAUUCGUAUCAUAUUGGAGAAUGCUUCAUUCAUAGCUAUAUAUCUGGAAUAGUUUCACGCAUUUAAAAAAUAGUGUUUUUGUUUUGACAAACUUCGCUCAUAUAACAAUACCACGUAACACCGUUGAAGAUGAUGUCGAAGUUCAUUUUAAAAUGUACUUGUCUAUCAUUCAGUUUGGGUAACACCAUUUAUUAUUCUGAGGGAUGUUCACU